CACAAUCUACCGGAGAUUUCUUUUCUUACUUUUCGUCGAAGAGACCGAAAUUCAGUCUACUUCCAAAAAUUUUCUCGCCUUCACCAACAUCCAUUUAUUCAUUCAGUGUCUUUCAAAUACCAAGCCAAAUCUGAACCAACAAAACCCAUGCAGCACGGAGAAUUCUGACAAUAGCUUUUAGCUCAGAGCAACGCCACUAUGAGUACAAUUACGGGGGAUGAUUUUGUAGAGCUCCACUUAUCUAAUUUCGGGCUGAAUGCAAGUAUUUGGCAGAUUGUAUGUAAGCUGCAAGCCCUUCAACUUCUUGACCUCUCAAACAAUUUCUUGUCAAUCCCAUCUGAGGAGGAUAUUGGGUCUUGCACCGGUUUGGUUUCCCUGAAUCUCAGCUCCAAUGCCAUGUCAGGUUUCCUUCCUUCCCUUAACCCUCUUCAGAAAUUGCAAUCUCUGGAUUUCUCUUACAAUAAGUUGAGCGGAGGUUUUACGGAGCAGAUAAAAAAUUUGACAGAGCUCAAGAAAUUCAGUGUGGGACACAAUAACUUUGAUGGAGUAGUGACUUUUGGGGGUCUAAAAUUGGAAGUAGUAGUUAUCUCCCAUAACCAUUUUGGUGGGGAUUUCCCCCCAGAGCUUACCAAAUUAAGCAAUUUGAUUUUCCUUGACCUCAGUGGCAACAAUUUUAGCGGCCUGAUCCCUGAUAAUAUUAGCAAUCUUGCCAAGUUGGAAACUCUAAUUCUCUCUUCCAAUAACUUCUCCGGAAGUAUUCCUAAAUCAUUGAAGGCCCUCACCAAGCUGUCACGCUUUGCAAUGAAUCAGAAUAGGCUGAAGGGAACUAUACCUAAUGAGCUAUCAUCCAUCACAGGCCUAGAGUCUCUUUAUAUCAGCAACAAUCAAUUAACUGGAUCUAUUCCUUCAAAAGUGUUUUCUUUGAGCAAUCUGAAGACUCUGGACCUUACCUCCAAUUUGCUUUCUGGAGGCAUCCCUAAGAAUUUCUCAAAAAAUUUGUUUCAGUUGCGUGUGGGAAAUAAUAACCUGACUGGAGCCAUCCCUUCUACAAUUUCAAAUGCCCCAAAUUUGACAUACCUUGAAAUGAAUAACAACUCUCUAAAUGGCUCAAUUCCAGAGCAGCUAGCAAGCUGUACUCAGCUCUUGCUACUUGAUCUCGGAGACAAUUGCUUGGAAGGCCCGUUGAUCUUUGUGCUGCCUAAACUUGUACAGUUGCAGUAUUUGAAACUGGCAAAUAAUAAAUUCAAUGGAAGUAUUCUAGAUAAGCUAUCAAAUUUGGCAAACCUGACAUAUGUGGAUUUGAGUGACAACCUUUUAUCAGGAUCUGUAUCCCCAAAUAUUUUUGAGCUUAAGCAGCUGCAGAAUCUCCGCUUACAAAAUAAUCAUUUAGAAGGAAUUAUCCCAUUGAAUUAG